AUGUGGAUAUUUUCGGUGAUCGUUUCACUAUCCGUUUUCUGUUCCUGCCUGGCAUUACUUGAAGGACCAAAUGUUUGUACUAGACAAGAAACAUAUACAGUUACAGUAAGAAUAUCAGAAUCCCAACCUUACCAAGUAAGAGAAUACGUUUGGUGCCUCAACUUUCCGCCAAGAUGUUCAAAGUACAAAAUUCAAUUCAAAACAGUGUAUAAAACUCAAAACUUAGUUAAAACGAGACCUGUUGAAGACUGCUGCAAGGGUUAUACGAAAAGCAAUUCGGAAGAUCGUUGCAUCCCAGUAUGCUCAAAAGACUGCAUCCACGGUACUUGCAUAGCACCUGAUACCUGUCAAUGUGAAACUGGUUAUGGAGGCCCAUAUUGUGAUAUUUCUUGCCCAAAAGGAUUAUGGGGUAGAGAGUGCCAAAACCACUGUGAAUGCAAAAACAAUUCCACAUGUGAUCCAUUCAAUGGCGAAUGCCACUGCUCUAGAGGUUGGAUAGGCAAACACUGUGAGGCAAAAUGUGACGAGAAGCAUUUUGGACAAGACUGCUUGGAGAAAUGUCGGUGUGAAAACGGAGAUUGCGAUCACAUUUCAGGGGAAUGUAAAUGCCAUGCUGGAUAUAUGGGACCCCUAUGUGAUGAUCUUUGCCCGAUCGGCAAACACGGAAGCGAGUGUAAAUCAGAAUGCCGUUGCCAGAAUGGUGGCACAUGUGAUCCAGAAAACGGAUUUUGUUUCUGCAAAGAUGGUUGGACUGGUUCUGUCUGUGCCAACAGAUGUCGAUUUGGUUUCUGGGGAGUGAACUGUUCUCAACCUUGUGACUGUUACAAUGGCGCUAGUUGUGAUCAUAUUAAUGGAGUUUGCGAGUGUCAACCUGGAUUUACAGGCGAUAGAUGCUUGGAUGUUUGUCCUGAAGGAACAUAUGGAAUGGAUUGUGCAAAGAAAUGUCAAUGUCAAAAUGGUGCCAAAUGUUCCAAUAAAAAUGGAACUUGCAUUUGUUCGAAAGGAUGGCAAGGACAAUAUUGUAAUGAACGAGUAUGUCCUCAUGGACUUUAUGGACCUGAAUGCGAAGAUACUUGCCAGUGCAAUAAAGAAAAUACAGAAAUGUGUCACCCAUGGACUGGGGAAUGUGACUGUAAGGCAGGAUGGAAUUCUCAAGAUUGUUCCCGUCUUUGUCCGAUACUCUCCUAUGGCAAAGGAUGCCAUGGCAUAUGCAAAUGUCAAAAUAAUGCACAGUGUGAUUCUGUGAAUGGUACUUGUUUGUGUGCUCCAGGUUUUACUGGUGUCAAUUGUGAAGAGAAUUGCCCUGAUGGAAGUUUUGGGGAAGAUUGUGCUCAAAAGUGUGAUUGUAAAAAUGGCGCUUCCUGUUCGACUGAAACCGGUCAAUGUCAGUGUCCUGCAGGAUGGGAGGGGCAACUGUGUGAUCGUCCUUGCAGCAAUAGUUCUUAUGGUGUACAUUGCAAUCAAAAUUGUGUCUGCAAAAAUGGUGCAUCCUGUAAUCCUGUCAAUGGUAGUUGCACUUGUGGAGCCGGAUAUACUGGCGAGUAUUGUGAAAAUAGAUGUCAGCAGGGUUAUUUUGGUAUAAACUGUGACCAGGUUUGUCAGUGCCAAGAUGGACAUCAUUUAGGUUGUGACCCAGUUACUGGAAGUUGUAUUUGCAAACCUGAGUGGAAAGGGACAAUGUGCGAAUCAAACUGUCCUUCAGGAAAAUAUGGACCAUCAUGUGAACUAAACUGCGACUGUAAAAAUAAUAGUUCUUGUCAUCCCGAUUCUGGAAUGUGUUAUUGUUCAAGAGGCUGGCAAGGCGAUGAUUGCAAUAUUCCUUGUGAUCGGGGAUAUUAUGGAAUUGGAUGCAGAGAAAAAUGCCCAGAGGUUUCACUUGGUAACAAAACAUGUGAUCAUGUAACCGGCGAAUACAUUUGUCCUUCAGGAUAUCUUGGACUGACUUGUGAACACCCUUGCCCCAUUGGAAAAUAUGGAAAGAAUUGUCUACGGACAUGUUCUUGUAAAAAUGGUGGAGAUUGCCAUCAUGUUACAGGAGUUUGCAAUUGCUUGCCAGGAUGGAUAGGUGCAAACUGCACUAUACCUUGUCCAGAUAAAACUUUUGGUAUGAACUGUAGCCAACACUGUAAAUGUUCUAAUGGUGAAUGCAGAAGAAAUGACGGGGUGUGCAAAUGCAAACCUGGUUGGAGUGGCACUCAAUGUACCGAACUAUGUCCAGAAGGAUACUUUGGAGAUCAUUGUAUGACACCUUGUGCAUGCGACAAUGACAAUUUUAUUUGCCACCCUUCAGAUGGCUGUAUAUGCAAGCACGGCUUCACUGGCGAAAAAUGUGAUGAAUCCAACAUUCUGGGCAGAGUUCUCCAACCAAUUGAGGCAGCUGAAACCGGCUACGGAGUAAUGGUAGCCGUCAUCAUGGUUUCUAUAAUAUUUUUAGCGAUUGUCGUCCUAGUUGUUUUCUAUUAUAGAAGAAGGGUAUCUAAUUUGAAAACAGAAAUAGCUCACGUACAGUACAUCGCUGAUCCAAGUGGAUUCGGUCCAGAUCGCACUCAUUUCGACAAUCCAGUAUAUUCAUAUCAAGGUAAUGGUAAAAGGGAUAACGAACAGUUAUUGAACAAUACGACAAAAAUUCACAAUAACUUGCAUAAGCCUUUGAAUACGAAUUUGGAGAGGGCUCGUCUCGGUGGAAUUGCAUGCUGCUCUACUGACGAUGAUGAAUCAGCUAAGGGUAUAUAUGAACCCAGUAUAGAUGAACUGAAGAGCCUAAAAAACAGAGAAGCAGAUCUAACGAACCCUAAUAUUUACCACAGCAUAGAAAAACUGGAUCAUGUUUAUGAUGAGAUCAAAGAAAAAGACGUGAAGAAUAUAGAAUUGGAAUAUGAUCAUCUAGACUACACCAGGCCCCUGAGUUCAAUAAAACCUCAUUAUCAGAGAAUGCCGAGCCCCUUUGGAUCAAGAGAUUUGACGAAAGAUGGAAAAUCAGAAACUGAUGAAUAGUCAAAAUAUGAGAUAUCAAAGUUCAUCGGUGUUGAGUUUGAACUUCAAGAGCAAGUGAAAUUGAUCAUUAUUCGUGUUCUCGUGUGUUAAUUUCAAUCCGGAUCAAUAAUUCGAUAUGAUAAAAGGUAGUAUCUAUAUAUUCAAUGAUUCUUUCAAAGAUAUACAUUGAUAUAUAAUACGCAUAUAGCUGGUAACAAAUAAUCAUCAUUUGUUCAAAAUUCGAAUCAAUAAUGAAUUAAUGGUGUGAAUCGGCUGUGAUUUUUUUUCUGAAUUCUUCCUUUUGAAAUUGUAUAGUUUUAUCCAAAUUUGCAUCAGUACAAUAUUUUUUAUUGAUCAACGUAAUGAAAUAAAUAGAUGUAAGUGAAAAAACAGUUGUCGAAUCAUUACUGAAGCCAA